AGCUCCUCUUGUCGAAGUUCAUUAUUCGCACAACCUUCACAGGCAAGCGCCGUCGAGACCGACUCCACUUUUGAAUAGCCGCUCCCGCCAUUCAUCUAGGUCAUUUUUCACCGUUAAAGUAAAAAAAGGGUAGAACACCAUGUCGACCUUUUCAAAAAACAAGAUGAAAUCCGCCGUUGAGCUCAGAACGAUGCCGCACGAAACCCUGUGCGAUGUCUACGUAUGUUUCGAAGACAUCGGGCUUACAAGCGCCAGCCACCGAAGUUGGAGGCAAGCUGAAGUCGUACUUGCGUCUGUUGCCUGAAAAGAAUCAAACGAUGUGGGAGCGGAUGACCCCAAAGGUGCACCUUGGCAAGUAUAACCUUCCAAAGGCCCGACUUAUGGAAGUCAUGGCACUCUUGAAUGAGAACGAAGAUUACAACCUGUUCACAAACAACUGCAAGCACUGGACGAAGAAACUGCUGAAAGAACUUGGCAUAGACUUGGACAAUGCGUCCUUCAUGAAGACGCCGAAUUUCAUCGAUCGCUGUUUGCACUGGCUAAUGGACUUGGAGUCCAUCUAGCUCUCCUUCAAUUGCACGUUUCUCUGACGACUGGCAAAGAUGACGAAAACCAGCCCAACUCCGGUGCGCCACUCAGCGGUUUCAUGUCAAGAUUACGAGUUGGUCUUAAAGAAAACGUAAACGAAGGACUGAUAUCGACAUCACUCCUUCGGACGCAUGUAAAUUGUCAAACUACAGUUGUAAGAAAUAUAAGCGGGAACAGCCCAUCGGCCUUGUUGCUGUGACUGCAGAGUCCACAACCGUCAUAAUCUCAAUUUCUCAGAGUUAAAAGACAGAAGCCCAAACUUUAAGUUUCAGCCCUAGUUUAGAGCAGAACGUUAAUAAUGACAGAAAAGUGCUCCAAAUAUACGUGAGAGGCUGUUCUCUCUCAUAUAUCUUACGUCUGUUCAGUGGCUGGCGGUAAGAGUUGGAAUCUUUGAGCGUCAGCCAGGCAGUAAAAGCCAAGCAGUCCACUUUCUGUCUCAGCUUUAGUCCAGACGUAGCCGACACUACGAGUACGAACUGACGGAAUCAGUCAGACAAUGCUAGAAGCGCACCAUGAUGGCUUUUUGUGUGUUUUUGGACGUGUUCUAUUAUCAAUGAAUACCAUAAACAGGAAAGGGCCAGUGACUUCCGCUUUGGACGCUGUCUGAUUCGUCCCAUUAGCUCGUAGCGUCGGCUGCGCCUGGAUUUAGGCUGAAACGAAGUUUACAAGCAGUAAGCAGCAAAAGCUACAUGAAAAGCUGCAUGUGUUGCAAAAGAAAGCACUUGGAGCUAUGGGAGAUGUCCCGUCUGACUUUCAUACAGCCAGCGUAUUCAAAAAAUUUCAUGU